AUGAAGGGGAUCCUUGCUUCACUGGCUCUCUGCGCCCUCAUCUCCAGUGCCAUCUGUGCUACUGGGAACUGGUGUUACAUAGGCUCCGGUUGCAAUGACACCACGUGGCCGACGCUGUUUCCCCAGUAUUGCAAUGGCUCUCGGCAGUCACCCAUCAAUAUCAUCUCUGGAUCUGCCAAGUUUGAUGCCAACCUGACCAACUUCACCUUCACCAACUAUGACAGUGCAACAAAAAUGAAGACUAUAAAGAAUACCGGAAAGACAAUUAAAGUGACUUUAGACAGCGGCGUCAAGAUUUCAGAAGGCGGACUGUCUACAGAUUACGACACCCUGCAGUUCCACUUGCACUGGGGAAACGGAACCACGAGCCCUGGUUCCGAACACACUGUAGAUGGCAAACGAUUUGCCAUGGAGAUGCACCUUGUCCAUUCCAAGGCAACCUACAAUGGAAAUACCACUCUCGCUGUUGCUGACUCUGAAGGACUUGCAGCUCUUGGUUUCUUCAUUGAGGCAUCGACUGGAAAUGACACAGAUUCACCUGCGAGCUGGGAGAAGCUGACCUCCUUCCUGACAAAUGUUGUUAAUGCAGGAUCUGAGCACGACAUAAGUUCCUCCCAAAUUUCGCUGGAUGAUCUGCUGGGCAGCGUGGAUCGCACAAAAUACUAUCGCUACCUGGGUUCUCUGACCACGCCUGCCUGUAACGAAGCUGUGGUUUGGACCGUGUUCAAGGAGUCAAUCAAAAUAAGCAGCAACCUGAUUGACAAAUUUGGAACAAUUCCUCUGACUGGAAACAGCACUUCUGAAGCCAUAGUGGAAGCCUACAGAAACGUUCAGCCCGCUCAGACGGUCACACAGUCAGGCAGCAGCAGAAAUGCAGCUUCCGCCGCUUUCCUGGCCUUCAUGGCUCUGCUACUGCUUCAGCUAUGAGCUUGACACCAGAACCCUUGAAGCAUCUGAUUUACAAACUAUGAAAGUGAAGGUUUUUACGUACAUUCUAUACAUAUUCAUUCAUCUGUGCAGUGCUAAUGUAUACUUGCUGAA